GCUUGCUGCGUUUAGAAGUCUCAUCCCUAGAAUACGCCAGGCCAGUGCUUGCUACAUCGUGGAGCUGGCAGGGCUGGGGCCAGGGGAGGAGUCUUGGGGCGUGGUGACUGGGGGUCCUCUGAGGUCUUCUGGAAGGACGUUGGGCUGGGCACUGGCAGCCUGAGCUUUGGAGAUUAAGGCACCUCUUCCCCCCUGCUGGCCCCAACAUUCCAAUAGUAAUGGCCUCACACAUUUCUUGUUCUAGAUUAAAUUGAACCUCCCAUGCCCCCAAAGCCUGGGCUAUCUUAAAGCAGCCUGUGCACUUGCCAUGGCCAGAGGCUGCUUGUGGCUGCUGUUAGUGUUGGUGCUACCCACUGGGAGCAAAGGGAUACCAUGUCUCGAGUCCAGCAGUCCCUUCUUGCCUCCGGAGGAGGGGAAGAUGCAGCCCCCACUGCCCAAGGUCAGCGCCUGCAUGGUGCAUUGUGCCACGCAGGUCCUGCCCAGAUUGGGAGCUGGCGUCGUCUCUGUGCUCUUUAACGAGGCUCGGGCAGAAGAGGAGCAGAAAUACUGCUGGCUGCAGAGACGUCGGCACUGCCGGAGCGGAGAGCGCCUCGCCAGGGUCUUUGUGCUGCUGGAUCUGAAGGAGCCCUCCGCCACUCCCUAUGAGCUCCUGCCCACCACGCCACCCCUGUCCGCACCAACCAGACGCCUGCGGCCCCGGAGGAAUGACGGAGCCCUGCUCAGCCUGUCGGGCUGUGGGCUCCUCUAUGAUGUCACCAGGCCCUUCCGGAGUGCCAGGAGAGAGGGCCAGUCCACGGAAGCGGAAUUCUGUGUUAAAGCUGUGUGCCCUGCCAGCCAGCCUUCCUGCCAGCCCCUUCAGGUGGCCCUGAGCUGCCCCCCUUUCCUCGCCACGCUCUGGGGCAGCCGGCCCAGCACCAAGGAUUCCUUCUCCAUUCAACCCAAGCCAUUACUCCCUGGACAGGUCUGAAUGGACCCCCUGGGCGUGGACUCUGGUGCACAGCCAAAGAGACUCCGGGCUGCCAGAGCUAGGCUGCAGCUCGUCCCACUCUGGGCUCGGGGCUAGUGAGGCAGCAGUGACUGACCUGAAUAAAUUGGCCACGUGGCUCCUCUU